AUGUCGACGACCAAAGGUUCAAAGCUGUUCAAUUCAAGUCUCAAGGAUAUGCUCCGAUACAAUGCCACUCAUUUGUUCAUUGAGACAUUCGACAGGAUCACCAAAGAUCACCUUUACCAAGACAUCCACAGCGACAAUGACAACAGCGACACAGUAAUCAACUCACUAUUGAUACAAGCGGCACAAUACGGCAACACUGAGGUGUUUAAAUAUUUGAGCGAACAUCGUCAAUAUCACUCAAACAACCUGAUGAACAUUGUUAUGCCACCCGAUGUCUUGUCCAAACAUGGCAACGCAUACAUACUGCAGCGAUACCUCGAGGAGACUGCCUACCGACCCAUACUCAACGCUGUGAGGAUGACCGACAACACCAAGAUGUACCACCUGCCUUUGGCCAUUGACAGUGGCAGCAUCCAAUACGUUCGUCUUUUGCUCCAACAUCUCAAAUUCAAUCCCCUCGUCAGUGAGGACUCGGACUCGGACCCGGACCUUGUCUCUGACUCUGACUAUGAUAUGGACCACGAACCCUCUGACUCUGACUCUGGCUCUGACUCUGGAGGCUCUGGCUCUGUCAUUGUCUCAAAUGCUUUCCAGUUCAAGAGGCGAGGUGUCAGCGUGGAGAUGCUGAGGGUGCUCCACGAGGAGUUCAACAGUUUGUUUGGUCCAGAUAACAACAGGACGGUGUGGCAAGCCGUGUUGAUACACUCAGUCCAUUGCAACAUGUUGGACAGCGUUCGAUACAUACUUCAACACAUGCCAGCAGCUGGCGUGUCACAGGACACACUGUUCACGUGCCUAGAGGAGUGUGCCAAGAGUGGCAACAUCGACAUCUUUGAAGCAUUCACCUCCGGGUUGCCAGCCAAGUACUUCAAAUCCUUUUACUUCAAUAGCAUCGUGUCCAAGGCCGUGAACAAUGGUCAUGAAUCAUUCAUCAAACAACUCUACAUCAAUCAUCCCAUCGUGCCCAAGAAAUUGUUGCUCCAUUACCUGCAGAUACCUUCUGGGGCCACUCUCGACAAUGUAGACAUUAGCCAGGCGAAGCUUACCGUCACCCCUUUGGCGGCCAUUCGCCACGAUGACAUUGUGGCCCUGGCGCACUCGCUCACACUUACAGGAUACAAGAUUGGUAGGAUGGACAAGGAGUUGUGCCGACAGAUGUCCGAGGCGAUGGCAAGUCGCCUGUCAAGUCCUACCAAGGAGGACCGCAAACUGAAGUUUGACAAAAAUGUCCAAGAUCACAACAAUAGCUCACUCAUCAACUUGAUCAAGGCCAUUGGCAAACCAGGCAGUAAUAUCACCGAGGACAUCGUGUGCGACUUCAUUGCCAACUGCAAAUCAACAUCGACUUCAUUCCAGAAGAAGGCCAUGGAGGUGGCUGCCAUCCGCUCACCCAUGAUCAUGAUGGAGCUCCACACACGUCUGGGCAUCCAGUUCUCAUACAAAUGUCUGGCCAAUGCCAUCAAGCACAAACAGUACGAGGCGAUUGAACAACUCAUAGCCAGUCUGAAUCCAACCCAGAACCUCAAUAUGAUCAUCCGUGCAACAUGUUGUAUGAUACUCGGCGUGGUCAAGGAAGAUCUCUUCUCCAUGUUGGAGACAUUCUUUGACUUUGAGAAGCCAAUCGACAAUGUCGAUGACUUGGAGUUGUUGACCAACUUCAUUUAUCGCUCAUACAUUGGUGAUCGUCCAGACAUUAUCCAGUUGCUCAAGCAAUGUGUUGGUGAGCAUUCUGGUCCCAAGACAAUGCAGUUGUUCAUUCCCGAGCUGUCAACACUGUGCUCAAUGGCCAAGCGCAAUGCAUAUCGUUCACUGAACUAUCACUUCAACUCUACCACAUUCACCAACAUGUCCACAUCGAUUCGAUUGAGAACACUACAUUCAAUCCUCAAUGUGGCCUAUCAACAUGGUGCGCAUCGAGUGAUCGAGAUGUGUAACGAUCUCAUUAAGUCCAACUCCUCCCCACUCAUUCAAUCACAAUCGAGUCAGUCCACACAUAUUGAUCGUCAGUCAUCACAACGAAUGGACACAUCAUUCCACUUGGUGUUCAGAGACAGGAGGAUUGGCAUGAUGAUAAUGGGACAUGUUGGACAUGUUCACAAGUGCACUUCAAAUUGUCAAUCACCUCCAAUCAAGGGCGCACAACUACUGGCCAAUAACAGUUUGAUUGAUUAUAUCAGAUAUGGCACAACUGAAUGGUUCCUCAAGGCAUACUCCAUGAUCGACCCCAACAGCAUUGGCCACAACACUUUAUUGUUGAACGAGGCUAUGAUCAGGUGCAACACACGUGUCAUCGAUGUACUUUUGGCCAAUCCCAAUAUGUCUCUCCCACUCAAUACAGAGAAUAAGAAGACGCAGUUAUUCUCCGAUCAGUUCAUCAACGCAGUGUCACAGUGCACUCAUCCUGAAUGGGAGCGAGUGUUUGAUGAGUACUUAAUGAUCACUGCUCAGACCUCACCACUCAGUCUCAGCCAAAAGGUUUGGUCCAAGGUCAGCCAUCCAUUAUUCAUUCGCAAGCUCAUUAACGUUGGUGUCGAACUCCCCAAGCUCAAACUCAACGACGUGGUCAUGGGCAACUUGACCAAAGCAUGGCUCAAGGACAAGCCAUGGGCAUUGGAGAUGCUCAAACUACUGAUGGAGCGCUCGCUCAUAACAUGUAAGACAUUUAUAUUCCAGCUGCUUCUCAAGGCCAUCAAGUUCAACGCCACACCAGUCGUCCAACACUUGUUGGAGUUUGUUAGCAACACUCAGUUCUUGAGGAAUGAUGAUACCUACUGUGAUAUCAUACUGUGGUGCGGCAUGUAUGGGCGUGUUGAGCACUUGGACAUGCUUUACAAGCUGGACAUGGUGUCAUUGAGCAGCUCCGAUGUGCAGGUCUCCCUUCGCGUGGCUUUUGGUCAGGCAGCCAUUGGUGGACAUCUUGCAAUGGCCAAGUUGUUGCACACAUUCAUCAUGUCCAUCAAUCCCAGCGGCAAUAUACAAUAUGUGAUUGAUCACUUUCAUACUGUAUUGGCCAAUCGACACUUGGACAUGUUGGACUUCAUUCUCAGCAUAGUGCCAAUCACUGAACAGGUCAAGAUCGAUACGAUUCAUCAUCGUGUGCUAUCAGUUGACUUGAUUGAGCGAUUGCUACAACACCCCAACAACAACCUCAGACUUGGCCAAGUGUUGGCCAGUGCGAUAAAAGGUGGCAACAACAACAGAGAGGUAGUAGAGAAGUUGUUGAUGUUGUUGUCGGGACAACCAUCAACAGACCACAACAUCGUCAAUUACAAUUAUCACCCUGCUCUGAAGGUGGCCGCUGAAAAAGGUGACUUGGAAACGAUCACCAGACUCAUGGACAAUGAGCCCACUCUCAGGCUCACUAUCCAUCACAUUGGAGCAUUGGUAGACCGUGUUGGCACUCACAAUGGCAGACUGACCGAUGAUGAUGUCAUCGAGUGGUUGACCACCCACCCGGACAGGGCACCAAGGUUCACAAAGUACUUGUCCAAAGUGUUGGCCAAGGCUGCUUCAAAGUCACACAAACUGAUCAAGUUUAUUGUUGGGCAAGUUGGAGGCAGACUCAGACCCAAUCACUUCAAAACGGCCCUAACAGUAUGCAUGGAGCGAGGCGAUAUUCAAUCAAUGGAGUACAUCAUUCAACUUGCAUUGAAGUCCAACUCAGCCCAAGUCGAGGAUGUGGACCCAAUGGAUGAGGACGAGGAUGAGGAGUACGACCCUGAGGAUGAGAAUGAGGAGGACGACAGGGUAGACCACAAUUUUGUGUUCAAGAUAAAUGACAUCAUACUCAGUUGGAAGAUGUCAUGCAACAUUGCAUCACUAGAGUAUCUAUUUGACAAAAGAUAUGUCGGUGUUGACAAGUCCCAGUCUGCCCUGCAGGAAUUAGUGGACGAGGCAUGCAAGUCUGGAAGAGUGGACAUUAUCCGCAUGGUCCAUAAGCAUUGCGCCACACCAUCUCAACUCCAAACAUACAUACCAUCAAUGGAGUCCAUUUAUGAAGCAUCGGACAACAACCAUCAUCAGGUACUCAGUUAUCUAUUCGAGGGUGUACGAGGUAGCUCAUCACCAUUCCAGAUAGCAGAGGUGAGGAUGGACAUGUCCAAGCUGCUCAGAGCAGUUCGUAUGCAUUCCUGUACCAAUGGAAACAUCAAGAUCAUCAAAAUGUGUGAUCACCUGGUGUGCUAA